AGGGCGCGCCGGGGGGCGUGUGCGCGUGCAGCUCCCCCGAUAGAGAUACGACUCCGCGCUGGCGACUGGCCUCCGAUGAAGGUGGCCAUUUUUACGCUGGUGCUGGCAUCCUUCUGGGUGCGGCACCAGGCACAGGAGGGCGGCUGCGACUGUGUUCCCCGCGAUCAGUGCCUCGCUGACCCGACACCGGAGAGUUUCACCGCCUGCACCACCGUCAACGGAACUGAGGGCGUUUGUUGCGCCAGUGCCGCCCAGCAGCGUGGCGGGCCGUCGGCGUGCAGCGCUCCGAUCCUCUGUCCGUCGGCACAGUGGACGGACGCGUCACCAUGCUCGCUGAAUGACGGCUCCGAUGGCGUCGUCUGUCCGCCGGGGGCCGGGCCCGCCGAGCCGGCGCGCCGCCUGGCCGGCCAGCAGCAGGUGCUGUCGGCGGACACGGCCUCCUUCUCGGGCGAGCGGGCGGUGCAGGACGCCUCGGCGGCGGCCGCCCGGCUGGCCGAGCUGGAGGCCCAGCUGACGCCCCUGCUGCAGCGGCCUGUGCCCGACGGUGUCGACCUGACCGGCCUGGACACGGCCGCCGCUGGCGACUGGAGCGUGGCCCAGGAGGUGGGAAGGAUCGGCCUGCAGCGGCUCUUCACCGUGCAGGCCGUCAGCAACCAGACAGAGACGGUGCCAGAGACCGUCUCAACCUGGCUGGACGCUGGUGAACACGCCCGUCGCCGGAUCCCCGGCUGUGUGCCCGCCACUAAAAUAUUCUGCGACCGAUCCGCCGCUGCUAUACGGACCAUCGGCGGCCAGUGCAACAAUCUGGAGCACCCGUUUCUGGGUCGAGCGCUCACCGGGCUCGGUCGGCUGGCCAAUGCCACCUUCGAAGACGGUCUGUACUUCUCGCCCCGCUCGCUGGGCGCCGAGGGCUCGCCGCUGCCGGCCGCCGAUGCGGUCGGGUCGCUGGUGGCGGCCCAGCUGCACUCAGAGCCGCUCGGCGACUGGGCCUCCACCGUCUCCGAGUACCUCAGUUUGGACCUGGCGCGCAUCGCUCCGUUCCGACUGGCCAGCGGCCGCGAGCCCAAUUGCUGCUCAGAGCGCCACCCGGCCUGUCUGCCGCUGCACGUGGACGACCGCUGCGUCAGCUUCGUACGCGCGCUACCGGCGUCCGCACUGGACUGCGUGAUGCGUCCGGCGGCGCCGCUGUCUGCCGCCUCCUCCUACCUGGACCUGGAGACGUUGUACGGCAGCUCCGAGGAGGCCGGCAGGCGACUGAGGACGUUCCGCGGGGGCCGGCUGCGCGCUGACCGUGGUCUUUUGGUAGACGUGACCGAUCAGAUGCUGGGCUUCGACUAUCACCUGCCCGAGCCGGCUGAACCAGCCACGAGCUCAGUGGAGGCAUCCGAGGGCUCACUACUGCGCCGCUUCCGCAGGAGCUCUGCGCCUCAGUUCGGCGCUGACACAAGAAACGGUGAAAGCAAACCACGAGUAAGGAGACAGAUAUCGGUAAGGGACGGCCCGGAAAAAGGUGAAAAGGGACAAAAGGGCCGUCGGGGACGUAAGGGCAGAAAAGGUCAUCGAGGUCUUAAGGGCUGCAAGGGUCUGAAAGGAAACAAAGGUGAUGACGGGAACGAUGGUAAUAAGGGCAGCAAGGGCAACAAAGGUGACAAGGGUGGCAAGGGACAGAAAGGAUCUAAAGGAGACACGAGUUCCAUGGGAGAAAAAGGUGAAAAGGGCAAGAAAGGUCAAAAGGGUGCAAAGGGUGACUUUGGUACAAGCGGUGACAAGGGUGAAAAGGGUCAAAAAGGCAUGAAGGGAGAUGAUGGAUCAAAGGGAAUUAAGGGAGCAGAAGGUAAAAAAGGUAGACAAGGUGGAAAGGGAUGUAAGGGUAUCAAAGGUCGAAAAGGCGCAAAAGGCGCAAAAGGUGACUUUGGUUCAAAGGGCGAAAAGGGUGAAAAGGGCGAAAAAGGCUCAAAAGGUGCUGAUGGCAUGAAAGGAAUGAAGGGAGAUAAGGGCAUGAAGGGAGCUAAGGGCUCUAAGGGUACGAUAGGGGCGAAAGGCAUCAAGGGAGUUGCUGGAGAAAAAGGCAUUAAGGGCGAUUCUGGGGAAAAAGGACAUCGCGGUGACAAAGGCGAUACGGGUUUCGAGGGUCCCAGGGGGCCAAAAGGAAAAAAAGGUGACCGGGGCAAUAAAGGUCCCACGGGAAAUGAUGGUCGGCCCGGUCCACGCGGUGAGCCGGGACAGGUGCGAAUCCUGCAGGCUGUCGGUCAGUACCCCAACUCGGGAUAUGGCCAGCAUCAGCCACGGCCCUGGGGUCCGAGCGAGCGGAGCGAGUCCUCUGCAGACCGUCCCUCCGUGCCCUCCCCGGACCGGCUCAACCAGAUCCUGCUGCGCGAGCACAACCGUGUGGCGGACGCGCUGCGACGGAACAACCCCUCCUGGGAGGACGAGCGCGUGUUCCAGUCGGCACGCCGCGUCGUGAUGUCCGAGUGGCAGCACAUCAUCUACCACGAGUACCUGCCGCACGUACUGGGCGCCGCCGCUGCCGCCGGAGUCACGGCCCACACCGAGACCAAAGCAGAACACCCGGCUGACCCCACCGUCAGCGUGGAGUUUGCGCUUGCUGCGUUCCGCUUCUGGCAGUGGCCGCCCUCCGAGGAGGCUAUUCAGGCUGCGCCAAGGGUGAGCAGCAGCGCCGCCUUCCUGGCGAUGGUGCGCGGCCCGAUCGGCGCGCCUCCCAACGUCACCGGCGCCGAGCUGGCCGCCGUGGAGGUGCUGCGCGGCAGAGAGAUGGGCCUGCCCGCCUACGACACCGUCCGCCAGCUGUGCUCCGGCACAUCGCUGACCAACUGGGAGGAGCUGGGGUCAGUUUUUGGCCGGGCAGAGCUGGAGGCGCUGCGAUCCAUCUACGCCAGUCCCGAGGACGUCGACCUCUGGGUGGGCGGCAUGCUGGAGCGGCGCGCUCAGUCUGCUCGGGUGGGCCCCACCUUCCAGUGCGUGAUCGCCGACCAGUUCCGGCGGCACCGAGAUGGCGACCGGCUCUUCUACGAGCGCAGCCUGAGCGACGGCCAGCUGCGGGAGGUGCGCAAGGCCAGCCUGGCGCGCCUGCUCUGUGACAACGAGGAGGGCCGCAGUCGCGCUGCGCCCCUGGCGCUCGAGCCGCUCACCGAGUGGAACAAACCGACCCUGUGCACAUCGAGCACCAUCCCGCAGCUGGAUCUCAGUGUGUUCUGAGUCUGAACAGCUGUCAGUAGCUUCUCUCUUGUGAAUGGCAUUUAUUAGAGCUCUGCAUUCUUAUAAUGCGAUAAGAUAGCUCUUUGAUGUAAAUAAUUCAUGUGGUAUUUUUUAGACUCUUGGACUUGGGCAUGAGUUAUGUAGUUAUUUUUGCAUAUGCUUUCAUGUUAGCACGCUGUUUUACGUGCGGAUGUUUGUGUCGUUGUUUUUCUGUUGCCUGGGGCUUGGUUUGGUGCUGUGCAGCUUGGAUAGCAGUAUAUGGAGUUGUAAAAUAAAAAGAAAGGCAUACCUU